UUGGUUUUAUUCGACUGCUCACAUCCCAAGAAGAUGACUGAUCAUAGCUUUUAUCAUUGCCGAUAAUUAAUUUAAGACAUCACAGGCACUUUUGCAUUUUGCGAAAAUCCAUUUGCCCCGCAUCUUCCCGCGCUUGGGUUUCCGGGUAAUCCCCACUAAUUCUUGUAUUAAACGCUUCGGAUGUUUUCCCUCCGCAUUCGCAAAUCCUUUCUUCCCUCCACCUUCUGAACGCAGCGCUUCAUCUCACCCCUCCUUGUCUUUAAAAACAAUUGUUUUACAGGUACUCUGCAACGCUCGCUCUUGAUUCAAUAAUGGCUUCUCCUGGAGCCCCUGCUGAGGCCUCCAAGGUCGAGGGCGUGAUUUCGGCCGAAGAAAACGUUCAAAAUCAGCCCUUGGAAUCGGAGAAGGUACAGUCUGAGAGCUCUGCCCCGGUCGGUGCCCAAAAUAGUUCGGAAGAUCAAGCUGUUCCCAAGUCUGUCAGUUCGCCGGUGGAGGGAUUAGUGAGCGAUGUGGAUGGGCAGAAUGGCUCAACAGGUGCAAACGGAGAUGUUGCAGAGGGGUCAAAACCCUCUGCUAAAACCCUAGAAGAAGCGGACGCUUUUUUCGACAAGGGUUGCAUUGCUUUGAAGGAAAAUGACAUCAUUCAGGCCGUCGAUUCUCUGUCCCGCGCUCUUGAGAUCAGGGUGGCUCAUUUUGGUGAACUUGCUCCAGAAUGUGCUACAUCAUAUUUCAAGUAUGGUUGUGCACUUCUUUACAAAGCACAAGAUGAAGCUGAUCCCUUGAAUGCGAGUGUUGCUUUAGCAAAGAAGGCACAGACAGCUUCAAAGAAUGCUGCGGAUGGCGCCACAGGAAAAAAUGGGGAGACCGAAUCUCCAAAAGGUCUAGCUAGUGAAAUGCCUGUACCUUCUGUUACUGAUGCAAAGGAAAAAGCUCCUGCGAGUGAUAACAAUGGAAAAGAACCCAUCACAGAUGAAAACAAUGAUGGAGAGGAAGAGUCUGAAGGAGAAGAAAGUGACGAUGAAGAUGCAGGUGAGGCUUGCGGGGAAGAAGUUGACGAUGAAGAAGAGUCGGAUUUAGAUUUGGCGUGGAAAAAUCUGGAAGCUGCUAGAGUAAUUCUUGAUAAACAGGAAGAUACCAUUGAAAAGGUAGAUGUUAUAAGUGCUUUGGGGGAUGUUUCUUUGGAAAGAGAGGAUUUCUCAACUUCUGCAGACGAUUACUUGAGAGCUCUGUCUAUUUUAGAAAAAAUGGAUGAAGCACAAAGUCGUCAUAUUGCCGAGCUAUGCUUCAAAAUAUGUUUGGCUCUACAGAUGGAGAACAAGAUUCCUGAAGCUCUUAGUUAUUGUCAGCGGGCUCUCUCUAUAUGUACAUCUUGUAUGCAGACACUGACAGAUAAGGUUGAGACAUCCAAGCUUGAAAUGGCUUCCAAAGAUGCUCAAACAAGCAAUGGUUCUGCUGGAAUUCAGAACAAUGUAGAGCCUAUAGAGUCAAAGGAAGAAGACAUUAAAAUGUUCAAAGGAUUAAUGGCCGACCUUUCAGAGAAGGUUGAAGAUCUGAAGCAGAUGAUGACAGAACCACCAUUAUCUGAAGCUAUGCGGUUUAUUAAUGAUAAGAUUGAUGCUGAAGAUAAGUUUCAAUUUGCUCUUAGUGGAGGCAGUUCGAAAGAAGCAAACGUAAGCACCGGUUUUGACCAGCCUACACUUGCUAAUGGUCCUUCCAAUGGUACGGUUACUCAUCUUGGUGUUGUAGGGAGAGGUGUAAAACGAGCAGCACCAGUUCCUAUUGAUGCCUUUCAACCAACUCCCAAGAGGCUUUCCUCGGAUCACACUCCCACAGAAAGGACCGAUCGCUCUGCUAUGGAAGCGUCAGAGGCAACUUGUCAAAAUUCUGAAGGCCAGGCAGAUUAACCUGCAAAGCAGUCAUGGAUUGCAUUGAAUUCCAUAAGAAAUGCCAUCAUCUAGAAGGUGAAUUUGUCGAGAAUUUUUGUUACCAUCAUAAUGGGGGGAGUCAGAAAGGCCGAUAAUUUGUAAUUUAGUGGAAUGUUUUACUUUCUAGCUGAAUCUGCCAUAAGAGAUACCAUGUCUACCACUGGAAUUGCGUUGGUUAAUUUUGAAUGGUAGAACGUGCAAUUUUGUAUUUAGUUAGAUUUUAGCAUUGGCUUAGGGUAAAAGACAAUUCUAAUUUACCUGUCAUUUAUACUUGAUCUUCA